AUGAAUCCUUUUUUAAUUUUUCUCCUCUUCAUAACGCUAUCAAUCCAAAGCCCUGACGAAUAUCGUCUUAUACAAGAUCUGAAAGAAAACUAUGACAUCGUUGAACGCCCUGUCAGAAACCACACAGACAGUUUGCCAGUCAAAGUUGGGAUUAUCCUCCAGCAGAUUGUAGAUAUCGACGAGCGGAACCAGGCAAUGACUCUUGUGGUUUGGACUCAAAUUACAUGGAGAGAUUACAAGCUAAAUUGGAGGCCUUCGGAGUAUGGCAAUAUCACGAGCGUUCAACUGCCAAAAGCUAUGCUGUGGACCCCAGAUAUACUACUGUAUAACAGCGUAAAUAGUAAUUUUGACUCAACGUUCACAGUGAACUGCGUUACUUCUAACGAAGGAGAAGUUUUGAUGGCUCCUCCUGGAAUUGUUAAGAUUUCAUGUGAUAUGUCUAUGACAUGGUUUCCGUUCGAUGAGCAGAUAUGCUUCAUGAAGUAUGGUUCGUGGACUUAUUCUGGUUCUUUUGUCGAUUUGAAUAUUGAUAAUGCUAAUGACGAUGGAGUAGGAACAAUCGAUAUGACUUAUUAUCUGGCAAACGAGGAAUUCAAUAUAAUGGAAACAAUAGCGAAACGAACAAUCAAGUUUAUCAAAGGAGAGCCUCACAUUGAGUUGUAUUUCAUGAUUAUAUUGAAGAGAAGAAGCUUAUACUAUACACUGAAUUGGAUCAUUCCGUCAAUACUCAUUUCAAUGAGUAACAUUCUUCAAUUCAUGAUGCCAACAGCUGGAGGAGAGAAAGUUACUUUACAAACAACAAACGUUCUUGCAACGCUAGUUUUCCUCACUCAGAUCGCUAAGACAACCCCAGCCACUUCAGACUCUAUUCCAGUUCUUUGUGAGGGAACUUUAAGAGAGAAAUGA